AUAUCGUCGUUCAUGGCAGCCUGGACGACCUUAUCUCGAGUACUGAGUCUUUCCUGCUCGCCUGCUCUCCUCGUUCAGUGGAAGUGUCGAUGCGCCAGCGUCUCGCUCGUGCGUUGACGAGGCGUCGCUUGAGGGGCCUCCGCGUCACUUCGAACAGUACCGAUAGAUGAACAUUGAAGACAAGAUGUCUGGAGAAGAUCCUGAUGCUACCCAUGCCGACGCAGGCGAAGGUGGCGACGAAAUCUGUUCCCACUGCGCGAGACCCAUUCCAUCGAAGUCCCUCGAACUCCACGAACUGCAUUGCAGGCGAAGUCUCGCGAAAUGUUCCCUCUGCGGCGAUGUGAUCCCUGUGUCUCAGAUGGCGCAACAUCUCAGUGAAGGUCAUGCACUAGUCCAUUGCCCUUACUGCCACAACGAGUUCCAGAAGAUCACGUUGGAAAAGCAUCAGGAAGAAUGCCCCGAACAGCCCUGUUCGUGCGAGUAUUGCGACCUGAUCGUCCCUCUAUCUGGUCUGAAUGAUCAUUGGAGUGCUUGCGGGUCGAGGACGGAUGCUUGCCUCGACUGUGGGAAGUACGUCCAGCUUCAGAACUGGAAUUUUCACGUACAAUCUGGACAUGCAUCGACUGCACCAUCUGGGAGGGACUCCUUCGCAUUGGGUCCACCCACGCCCUUCGGUUAUUCACCGCGGCCUGGCUCUGGGCAGACUCCUCCCCCGCCUAUCCCUCCUCCAAGGCCCUCCUUGGCUGGACGUGCUGCAGAGUCUUGGGGUCUCUCUCAUCAAGGAGGAGAUCGGCAGAAUCCUGUUCUCGCAUCUGACAUAUCGACAGAGAAUGCUGUCGGAGCAUCAAUUGAGGAUGCCUUGCAGCCGGAGCACGCCGACGAUCCUCGAGUCUCGGAGCAUGACACGCCCCCCCAUUUUUCUUCAGAGUCGUAUGAAACCCCGAACUUCCUCGUCGCUUGCCGAUACUGUGACGCGGAAGUGCCGGUGAAAAAUCUGGAUAGCCACGAAGAAACUUCCGCGAGAGCCUUAGCCGAAAUCCCCCAAAAGAACUCGAGCGACAAUCUCAAAGAUUUCCAGGAGAGAGACGAAAAAUUGGGAUGGAAGGCCGCCUUCGGCGACGGCGAGGGAAAGCGCAUUUCCUCUCGCAUUUCGACCAGCUUCGCCGCUGCCCGAGAAAGGGAAUCGUCCCAUGAGAAAAGAGGAAUCGCCUCGUCCGGGGACGAACAUGGUUCCGUGCGGCGUCCCGGCUCCGAGAGAAAGGGCUUGGACCCGGCCGAUCGAGACGCGAAUCGGCACCACGGGGGCGCGAGGCCGAAAGUCCGUCAGGGCUCCCCGCAGCCCCAACCUCUCCACAGGGCCGACACGAAGCACGAAGAAACCGCGGCGGACAUCGUCGUGAUCCCCUGCGAGUUCUGCUCUCUCCCCAUCCCGAUGAACCACCUCUACUGGCACCAGGAAGAUCUUAAGCUUGAAGAACCUCGGCGACCUUCCAGACCGCAUUCCAACCCUCUGCCGUCGGCUGAAACGCGCACGGAGACCGCGGAACCCAAGUCGCAUAUGGCGAGCAUUGAACCAGAGAACUUGGACUCAGAGCGGAGUACAUGCUCCACAACGGAAGUACAAGCACAAAAGAUGACCAAACGGUACGGCUCAGAGUCGGAGGAGAUGGAAGAGAAGGACGUAAAGAAUGUUGAGGAUGAAGAUAAGGAAGGAGAAAAAAAAGAGGAGAAAGAUGAGGUAGAGGAUGAAGAGAAGGACGAAGAGGAGAAGGAGCAAGAGAAGGAAAAAAAGAAGGAGGAAGAGAAGGAGGAAGAGAAGGAGGAAGGGAAGGAGAAGAUCGAGGAGAAGGAAGAGGACAGGGAAAAGGAGAAGGUGGAGAAAAAGAAAAAGGAAGAGGUGAAAGAGGAAGGAGAUGUGGAAGUCGACGAGGAGGAAGGGGAGGAAGCGGUCGAAGAAGAGGAGGAAGAUGGGGAAGAGGAGGAAGUCGACGAGGAGGAAGGGGAGGAAGAGGUCGAAGAAGAAGAGGAAGAGGACGAAGACAAGGAGGAGAAGGUCGAGAAAGAGAAAAAGGAAGAGGAGGAAGUCGACGAGGAGGAAGGGAAGGAAGAAGUCGAGGAAGAGAACGAAGAGGAGGAGGAGAAGAUCGAGAAAGAGAAAAAGGAAGAGGAGGAAGAGGAAGGAGAUGAGACAGAGGAUGAGACAGAGGAUGAAGAUGAGGAGGUCAAGGAGGACGAUGGGGAGGAAGAGGACGAGAGAAAAAAAGAGAAGGUGGAGGAAGAGAAAAAAGAGGAAGAGAAGGAGGAGGAGAAGGCAAAUGAGAAGGACUCCAGGGUGAAUGAGGAAGAGUGGGAGGAGAAGGAUGAUGAGAAAAAGAAGAAGGAGGUAGAUGAAGAGGAGGAAGAGGGGGGAAAAGAGGGGUGGAAGAAGGAGGGGAAGGAGGAGGAAAAGAAAAUACAGAAAGUGGAGGAGACUGAGAAUGACGAAGAGGAGGAGGAUGAUCUAUAUGAGGACACGUGCGAUGAUCCUUUCCUCCUGCCAUUCUUACAAUUGUUGGAAGACCUGGAUGCCAUCUCCAGCGACGAAGAGAUCAUGGGACGCCUUCAUCAGAUCCUCUCCGAAGUCCCAGCAGACGCCAGCAUCGACACCGAUCCGUGCCGGUUUUGCAGCGUGUUGUUACCACUCGAUGACUCGGAGAUCCACCUUCAUGAAACUGGCUGCGGACGCAAAGUUCUUCUCGGGCGGCAAUCCGGUGAUCUGUCGGUCGAAUGUCGCUAUUGCAAUUUCUUCUAUCCCCUCGAGGAACUCCCUCGGCACGAGACGAGUUGCCGAGCUGGAAAUCGGCAAGUCUCCGUCGAAAGGGACGGCGUCUUCCCUCCUCCUCGGUCCAUGCCCCCCGACUUCGAUCGAUCGAUCUCGAGCCACGAUUUGCUCCCGUCCGUCUUCAGCUGGCUUCGGCGACAGAUCGCCGAGUCGAAGGAAAUUUUCGCCCUUGGGGCUGGAGUUUCCCUGCAGUUCCUGCCUUGGUCCAAAAUGCUUCCUGCUUUGGGAGUUCGGGAGGAUUCCCACUGGAAAUUGUCAAACCUUCUAGAGAAGUUCGUUUUUAGCAUCUUCAAGCGAUCGACCAACAAGCCGGAAUGA